AGGAUAAAAGACCAUCACCACCACCCCUCAAGCAACCAUACCAACUCAGGUAGAGAGAGAAAUAUUGUCUUCUCUAUUCUCAACAAAAAAUUCAAAGAAAGUUAAGAUUCUUCUUUUUCACUUCCAUCCUUUCAAACCCUAUUUCAAUAUCCACCAUCAAAUCCCAAUCCCUCUCUUUAUAUAUAAAGGAAACAAAUAGAUCUUUGCAUACAAAAGGAAUCAAAACCCUAAAGAGAUCAUGAUGGGUGACAAAGAAGAAGAAGAUCAAGAACAACAACAACUAAUACUUCUUCAAAACGACACCUUACAAGCACAACAACUACAACAACUACAACAAGAACAAUACAUGGAAAUAGAACAUCAUCAUCAGCAUCAUCAACAACAACAUCAUCAACAUCACCAAAUUCAAACCGCCCCUUCAUCUUCCUCACAAAUACUACCAUGGUCUCUCCCUCCGGUUCACCCACUUCACAACUUCCCACAAAACCCGGUUCUCUUCCCACCUCAAUACCCUUAUGGAGGUCAUUUCAUAAACCGGCUUUCAACCCGCCCUUCCUCCUCCUCCUCCUCCCUUCACUUUGCAUCAUAUGAUACUACUAAUACUAACACUACCCCUCCAAUAUCGGAUCACCAUCUCCGGUUCAUAUCCGAAUCUCUAGGCCGCCCUAACGGGUCGGGUCCAUUUGGGCUCGGAGCCGAACUAGGUAUGAAGAUGACAGCUCAAGAGAUAAUGGAUGCUAAGGCUUUGGCGGCUUCAAAGAGUCAUAGUGAGGCUGAGAGACGGCGACGAGAGAGAAUCAAUAAUCAUCUUGCAAAGCUCCGAAGCUUGCUUCCAAGCACAACCAAAACAGAUAAAGCAUCAUUACUAGCAGAAGUAAUCCAACACGUGAAGGAGUUGAAACGCCAAACAUCAGUAAUCGCCGAAAACAACACAAUCCCAUCAGAAACCGACGAACUAAGCAUGAUGGAUGCAUCAGAUGAAGAUGGAAAAUUAGUAAUAAAAGCUUCAUUAUGUUGUGAAGAUAGGGCAGAUCUUUUACCUGACCUAAUCAAAACCCUAAAAUCACUUAAAUUAAAAACCCUAAAAGCCGAGAUCACAACCCUAGGAGGUCGAGUAAGAAAUAUCUUGUUUAUCACGGGAGAAGAAGAUGAGGCUGAAUAUACAUUAAAUUCAGUCGAGGAAGCACUCAAGGGUGUAAUGGAGAAAGGAGGAAAUAAUGAUGAGUCUUCAUCUGGGACAAUAAAGAGGCAAAGGACCACUAGUCAUGUGAAUAUGCCAUGAUCAUAAUAAUAUUUUUGUUUUGUUUUUAUUUUGGUUAAGUUGUUUUGUACUUGGGUAAUUGUUCCAUAUUUCUUGGGGAGAGAAAGAGAAAGAGAUAGAGAUUGAGAGAGAGAAGAGGGGAAGGAUCUUUUUCGUGGGGAGAGAAACCUAAGAUUGGAACCUAAGAUAGGAAACGAGGGUUGUCGUUUUUUUUGUUUUUAUUUCUUUGUUUGGAAAAUUCUGGUGAUGAUGAUAUCAUAUCAGGAUUGAGACAGUUUAUUAUAAUUAUGGUAUGUGGUUGCAAUAUUAAUGGAUGUUUGGUUUUAUUA